GUCUCGCAAUCUAAGACCCUUUCAUUAUCUAUGUUUUGUAUGGCACUAACACUUCAAGUACUUCUGUCACUAGUGGGAAUGGUAAAUGGCUAAAUGCAAUAACCAGCCAUGGUAGUACAUUCAAACCACGAAAUAUAAAACCAACAUGAAGAUGAACCGCUAGAACUACGAUAAUACGGAAAUGAUAAGUAAGGCCAACAAAACCCAACAGUUGACCGAAGCGUUGAGGAAGAAAAGAUGCUUUCAAAGAAGGCAUUCAAUGCAUCCAGUGGCGUAGUUAGAAAUGAUUUGGCUCUUAUUUUCCAAUGAAUUCAACCCAUUUUCUCUUCUCUGUAACUGAGGAAUUUGUUGCCAGCACUUGUUUCCAAAUUAUAUAAUACGACAUAACUUGAUCUUCGGCAUCGUUACAUACGAUUGAACUAAAUCAGCUACUUGCUGAAAAUGUUGUUAUCCCCAAUGCUGCGUUGACGCCCUUUCACUGUUGCUUCUUGUUGAAGAGCAUCCAUCCAACAACUGUGACAAAUUCAUUAGUUUAAUUUACUUCAUAUUCGAGGAAAACCGUGGCAUUAGUAUUAAUUAAGAUUAACAAGCUUAUCGUACUACAUUAUCAUUAUCAAACUAAACGUACUAGUUUACAAUAUUUAACGAGUACCACAACCAUCUUUCUUCGUACACAAGAAAACAGAAUUAAAUCUAAAUACAUAUGUUCAUUAUAAGAGUUCGUCUCAUAUGUAGAAAUCGUCUAGUACUACGUGCGGUUAGGAAGCUACCUAAUUUCACCUUCUUUGUAUGUGUCAAAUUAGUCGUGUUGUAGUUACUAUAUAAUCCAAAAUAUCCAAUUCUGUUUUAUUUAAUAGACCUAACAAGUUCUCUUCACCCCUACUAAAGAAAGAAAAUUCUGUUUUAUUUAAUAGAACUAAUUUUUAUGAACCCUAUCAUUGAAAACUACAUUUUAGUUACUAAAUUUUAUAUAAUGACAAUUUAGCACCUAAACUUUUUAAAAUUUGCAUAAUGAUCCAAAGUUUGACUAGUCACUCGAAUCCACGAAUCUAAUCCAUUUUAAUUCACCAAUCCAUGAAAUGCUAUCGAUUUGCCACCUCUUAUUCUAAACAUAUUGGAUCAAAUUAAAGCGAGCAACUACUAUCAGAAAUUAUCCUCUCUAUACUCAUACCACAAAUGGUUGAAUAAAUAUCGAGCUCUAAUAAGCUCUUGCUUCAGUCACAAAUGCCUAACUAAGCUAGUAGCUACUAGUACUACUGCCCAAAUCGCACCUUGCCUUAUUUUGUAACGCAUAUCUCAAUUUUUUGCUAGAUACUGAUGCUAAAAUUAGACAAAUAUGUGAUUGUUGAUUCAUUCUCGCCUAUUCCCGCUGCUAAUAUGCGCAUGCAUACCAACAAAUUGAGCAAAGGCACCUCUAACUGUGCACACGGUUCCACAAUGUAUUUAAUUAAAUUGUUCAUGGAAUUAACAAAUGAAAGGGUGAAGAAGGCAGCAUGAAAAGAAUCUGCCGCCUUUGAAACAAUCAAUAGCGUCGUGCAUUCAGUCAUUAACAACACACACAAAAAAAAAAAAUCAUUAAAAAACUAUAGUGUACUUUUCCAGCAAUUGGCAAUUAAUUAACUACUUAAUUACUCAAUAUAAUCAGCCCCAACCUAGGAUUAAGAUCAAGAUAAAACAAUAAUGCAGCAGGUUAAUAUAUAUAUAUACACACUAAUAUAAACCCUCCCACACGUAAGCUGGAUAUUAAUUACCCGACAAAAACCCAUAUAUACCAUUACCACGUAGACAGCUCUCCUUCCAAAUUUUGUCCAAGAAACAAGGGCCCCUUAAUUACCUUCCAAAACACGAUGCCCAUUGGUUCGAUCAGUUGCUAAUUUUGUUCGUUUCUGUGCAGCUGUUAGUGUUAAUUACUGUGUAGGUGGGCGAGGUGCACGAUCUCUUACGUACAGCAAAAACAACGUACUUUUAAUUAGCGCCUCUGUUCUCUCCCUCGAGGCCGCCGGCCCAGUUUGAUUAUCUGUCCAAGGGAAGAGGAUAAGAUAAUUAACUAACAUAGCUACCAACCAAUAAUUACUUAUUUUAAUGGUUAUAUUUUGUUGGCUUAUCCCAGUUUAGUGUCUGUUUGUCGUUUUCUCUUGAUGACGGUCUCUCCCACAUAUACACCAGUGAGAGAAAAAGGACAUGAAUCUGGAUUUGGUAAGCUACGUACGUAUGAACGAUACUGUACAAUUUCCCUGGGCUUCAACGGCAUGUGCAGUACGUACGUAGGAGUCAUGCCGAUUUUUUCCUCCCUAAAUUAUACGUCGUCCGUGAGCUAAUUCCAGGUUUAGCUAAAGAUGUCACACCACAUGUUAUUAGGGGAUUAAUGAGUAAACCAGCUAGAGAAGAGAAAAAAAACUCAAUCUAAAUUAGAGGGUAAUCUAGAUAGAGACUAGAGCGAGCUCCUUGUAUGAAAAAAAUAUAGGUUUGUAAGUUACUGUUCGAUCUUAUAUAGUAAAGAAAUUUAAUCGAGAGGGAAAAUUAAUAUUAGUGGUGUCGCAACCGGAGAGCUCAAUUAGUACGAUAUUGUCCGCUUUGGGCCAAGCCCGAACGGUUUUACUCUUGGGUGUCCUUCCCAAAAGACCUCGUACUAAUUGGGCUAGGUGGACUCUAAUAUACAAAGGUCUCUUCCUUGUAUUUCCGAUGUGGUACUUGAAUUGUCCCAUAACAAUCCCCCCUCAAGCCAAAGACAACGAACAUUGUGUCCUCACCUCAGCGAUUAUCUUGAUCUGCCAGACACCUUGUAUCGAUGGGCUUCUCGGUACAAGGAUUUUCUCAGACGGGGAACUCUCUUUGAUCCGCCAAACAAACGUGGAUCUCUCUUGGAUCCACCAAACGCGGAUCUCCCUCGAUCCGCCAAACCAGAUGUAGCCCAGACACGGAACGAUCGUGGAUCCGCCAAACCAGACUUAGAUCUCAAAUCCCGAGGCCACCGAACGAGGGUCCACCAUACCGACGUCCACCGCCCUGGAUCCGAGUCGGGCUCUGAUACCACUUGUCAGAACAUAAGCGUGCAAACGACAAUUCAUAUCAACACAAACGAACACAAAUUUAACGUGGUUCACUAACACAAUGUGUGCUAGCUAAUCCACGGCAGGAGGGACAAAUUUCACUAAUUUGAGGAGAGUACAGGUUACAAACCAAAUUCCGGACGGACAAACCAAACAAACUAACAUGACUGACCUUACUACAGAUAAGGGCGGUGAAGAGUAUUUAUAGAACUCUUCUCCUAAUCUCAAACAGAAAACCAAACACAUUUUCCAAACAUACAAGAAAAAGGCCAAGGCUCCAGUGGAAUUCUGGUCGAGGGAGAGCUUCUCCGUGACAAAUAUGUUGUCGGUGGUGGCGAAGUCGAGGAUCUAUGUUUGUUGCAAGAGACGACUAGCCCCAGCAAAGACAAGUAGAGGAGGAUGGCAAUGUUGUUGUCGGCGACGGAGUAGAGAAGAAUGGUGGUGCUGUUGUCAGCAUCGGGCUCAAGCUCCAACGAACAUGAUGAUCGGCGUGAGGGAUGAGAUGAUUCUGGGAAAGGCUGUGGAGUUGAGGGCCGUGACAAUUUUGGGGAGGGAUUGAAAGGGGGAGGGAUCAGCAAACAGACAGUACGAUUGGUGUGAGCUCUGGGGCUUGAGGGCGAACAUGCAAAGGAAGAAGAAAUGGUUACAUUUGGAAAAUGAAAAGUUAAAAGAGAGAUUCAGAAAUAGCUGGUGCCCAUAAGCUAUUUUGAAAACCCACGAUUAAAGGUUUUUAAAAUCUCUAAUCUCAAAUUCUGGAGGCUAUCCAAACAAGUUAUUCUUUUAAAAUCCGGGAUGGUGAGGGAUUGUAUCACAAUCUUGCCCCAAUCCCUUAUCCAAACGAAGCCAUAUAAUUUUGCAGGAGUAGUAGGUGAUUGUUUUUUUAUUACGCAGGAACCUUAGCUCCAUGUGCCACUUUGUGAAAGCGGGUCCUACUAAAUCUGGGGGCCACCUGCAAUCAAAUUCGACGCCAACGAGGUUUGGAUUCGAACCUGGGAUCUGCAACUCUCAAACCUUCACUGUUGCGACAGCUUUACCAUUAGGCUAUCUUACCUGAAAUCUUGUCGUAUAAUCCAGAUCGAGACUGGAGCGAGACCGGAUAGCAAACAAUCCAAUCUCAUCUUCGGGUUUAGAUUUGAGGUAAAAAAUUGUUUGGGACCUAACCUAAAACCGGAUAAAGACCGGAUAAGAGAGUCCAACACCCAAAACUUAACCAACUACUCACCCUUCCAGGCCUCAUGCCACUCAAAUUCCCACACAGCUCAAUCUAAAAUCAAGACCGAAUCGGUACUGGACCGGAUCAAGACCAGAUUGUAUCCAAUCCCGUCUUUGGUCCUCAUAUUCCCGAAAAAUUCGGACUGGGAUCGGAUCAAUUUGGACCAGUUUAACCGGACCAGACAUUAUAACCACCCGUACUCAAAGCUCAUAAUAUAUGGUUAUAAAAUCCCAAUUAUAAAUCAUAAUAGGAUGUAUGUAUUGGAUGUGAGGAUUUCAAUUUGGUAUUUGACAAAAAUACAUGAGGUGAAUCUCAAAUACACAUUUAAUGUACUAUUUUCGAAUUACAAAAAUAGUAUAUGAUGCACUAAAAAGAACUAUAUGUAAAAUUUUAAAGUUAUGAUAUUAUAACGCAAGCAAAAAGUUCGAGACCCUGAAAAGCAGCUAAUGAAUCAAAAGCUUUGGACAUAUUUAUAAACAAAAUCAAACAUCGGAUAUGAAAUUGUAAUAAAAAAAAGUUUAGCUACUAAGAUGCAAUUAUCAGAAGAAACAUAAUGUUUGGCCAAGAAAUAACCUAAUCCCAAAUUGAAAAUCAUAAACUCUGAAAAUUUAUAAAGUUGCAAACAAAUAAUCAUUAAAAUUCACACAUCUAUGCGCCCCUCAUAAAUUGUAAGGACAUCACAGAGAGUUAAGUAUCAUAUAGUACCUUAAUAAUUUAAACUCCACAUUUCCAUAUCGAACCCUAUCAAAAUUUUCUCUCUCUCCAACAUAACCAAAAAAAAUCUCUACCUCCAUGGUAAAAGAUUUGAGGACGUCAAAUUUUUUUCUACACAUUCUAGACCAUAUUAUUUUUAACAAGUUCUGCCAAAAUUGAAUUACCCGUCUAUAAUCUUUCAACAAAAGGAAAUCAUUUAGUUUGUAAACAAGAUGUCAAAGAUCCUUCGCUAAACUCCAAAACCCCUCCUCCCCCCCCACAAAACGAAAAUGGAUAGAAAUUAGAAAGAUGAAAGCAGAGCAUCCAAAGACCAAUCCGAAUCCGAAACCCGUCCGUUUGUGUUGUGCUGGCGAAUUCCCAUCUAGCAAUCCGCCAAAAAAAUCAGGUAUUUGCCAGCCAAAAGUUGCAGUAUUGUUCAUUCUUCUCCCAUCUUCCCCCUUUACUUCCCUCGGCUAGGGUUAUGGCUGCAGUGCAUGAUGCACAAGGAGUGAAGACAUUACCAUAAGUUAUGAGAAGUUUGUUGAUAUCAAUAAAAUUAAUAUCCGUGUUAAACUAAUCGUAGUUGAAGUUAUAUCGAUUAUGUAAAAGUUGGUGUUGAGAUUUUGAAUGGUGUGAAUGAACAUGAAAGGGAAAAGAGCCAAGAGAAACUCUUGAAGUACCACGUUGGUAAGAUGUGUGAAGGCGUGGCGAUUGCAUAUGUUUGCAUAAUUCCAUGAACUUAUACAUGUUUUUGUGUUGAUUUUCAUGAUCUUGUAUUCUUGUUUGUUACUUGUGUUGGAAAAAUUAGUAUGCGUGAACAAUUUCCAUAACAGUUGGUAUCGCGACAGUUUUCCUUCUCAACCCUCACCACGAACUGCUGGUUUAGUUCUGUUGUAGGUGAGAUUCAUCGUGACGGAUCGUGUGUUAAGGGUGUCCCCGGUUGACAUUCUUUGGAAUAGCUACUACCAACAAAUUGAGAGAUGCAUAUGUAUAUGACGUCAGUGCAUGAAUUCUUUUGUAUUUCUGCUCCAAUAUUGAGGUCGCGGUCGUGAGAAAAUUUCUCAAAGAGCUUAAAGAAACCAUCAACAAGUCUUCUUCACUCACAGUACUCCGUGGUUUAAUUGCUAUUCAUUGAGCAUGUCACUUUUUGUUUAUAUUCUUCUCUAUUUUUAUGCUUGCAUGUCUCGUUGCCUUUUGUUUUUCAGUUUCCCAUUUAUAGAGGAACACAUCCGUUGGAACUAGAACAAUGUUUGGGUGCCAAAUGUGACAAAUGUUUGUUUUGAUAUGCGAUGAAAUUUUACUAUUGAUGGAAAAUAUUGCCAUGUCAAUAUGUCGUCAUCAUCAUCAUCAUGUCAGAGGAGUAGAUGGACGUGUAACAACUAUGCCGUGAAAGUGUAAGAUAACACAUAGAAAUACUCGUGUUGUUCAUAUGGUUGGAUGAUUAGGAAAAUCACCAUGUCAUCUCAUCAUGAUUCGUGAUAGAGAAGUAGAUGGGUGUGCAACAACCAUGCCACGAACGUGUAGUACCUGGACACAUAUAAAUCGUCAUGUUUUCAAUAUGAUGUGAUGAUUUGCAAGAGUGGAAAUCAUGCUUGAGUGAGUGAAUAACAAAACCAUCACACCCUCACAAUCAACGGUCAAUUGGUCAUGUUGGUUAUCAGAACUGCACCACCAUAGGGGAUGACACAUUCGAUAGUUGAAAUUUGUAAAGACCUCACUCUGAUCGUUAACUAUUUUUAGUUGACAUAUACUAGCAUAUCUUCGAUAAUUGUCAUUUCAACAAUUUUACUAAUGGUCAUAUCGGUGUUUUUACGUGUGUUCGAAAACAUGUGUUUUUCGGUUUCACACAAACUCUGUGCCAUUAUAUAUUUUUGAAAGCUUUUAUCGUAAUUAGUUCAAGUAUGUAAAAAGUUGUGAUAAAAAGGUAGAAAAAUU